UCACGGACUUAUAUAUAUUCAGUUCAUCGACGCAGAAAGGGGGACAGCUGACAUAAGUUAACAGGAAUUUCGCUCGUACGUGUAUGAACGCGAAAUGAUUGAUGACCUUUUCUCGAAGAAUAUCCAGAGAACUGAUUCGCGAGUGUCGUGCCAAGGAAACGAGAGUCAUCGAGUGACAAGUGUCAUCGGUGACAGCUCGUGCAGAGGUUAGAUUGACAUUCUUGAGGUUAGAAAUGGCCGCAACGCGAAGCCGAAGAGUAACGUGUACUCUAACUUUAGACUGAUUGCGAGACUUUCGCGAGUGCUCUAUUCAUUUCGAUAACGAUUGGAUAUACAUAUAUAUAUAUAUAUAUAUAUAUAUAUAUAUAUAUAUAUAUAUAAGGUGCAAAGGCGACGAAGAGACAUGUACAAAUUUAAACCGUUCGUGUUCAUGGAGCACGCAGCGAACGGGCCAGAACGUCCGAAGGCUCGUAGCGGUCAUCGAAUCGCGUGUGAUUAUCGAAAUCUGUAUUCUUACGGCGGCUUCAAUCCUUGCAUAUCUGAUACUGACCCGGAUAUGCUCGAUGAUCAGACAUGGGUGGCCAGCAAACCGCUGUUCAAGGAACUGUGGCGCUUCAACCUGGUAAGCGAACGUUGGAAACGAUUACCCGGUCAAGAGAACAUGCCGAAUGAACUGGCAUCGAACGCGGUGAUACUUCGUGGCAACGCGCUGAUGGUGUACGGCGGUACCGGCGUGCCCUUUGGUGAGAGUUGUAGCAAUCAGCUAUAUGUCUGCAAUGUAAACGAUGGCACGAUGAAGAUAGUACCGGCCACAGGCGACCUACCUGAACCUCAGUAUGGACAGGCCCUGGUAUAUCAUAGUUCCUAUCUCUACACAGUCGGUGGUACCACUGGUUACGAAUACACAUGUGAUAUUCAUCGAUUUGAUCUGAAAAAUGGUAUCUGGGAAACAGUAUAUGUUUGUUCUGGAAAAGAAGAGUCAGAGCCUCAUGGAAGAUACAGGCAUGAGCUUGCCUUUGAUGGCAAGAUGAUUUAUGUCCUGGGUGGUGGCACCUCGACAGAGGCCUAUGGCUUUUCGGAAAUACCGGCAUUUGACUUGGAGACCAAUAGAUGGAGGACGUUGAACACGCAUGGCGACAGUGACGAAGCUAUGGUGCCGGCCCCUCGACGCUGUCACGGUUCCGUUCAAUAUACGGACGAAAAAAGCGGCAUUACUUCGGUUGUUAUAUCGGGUGGCUACAAUGGUGACAGGGUAUUCUCCGACGUUUGGCGGCUCGAUCUAAGUACGCUGCAAUGGACAUGCCUAAGAGAGUGCAUCCUACCAUGUCCGGUGUACUUCCACUCGGCCGCACUGAUUCCGGAAGGUCGCAUGUAUAUAUUCGGCGGUAUAGUCAAAGUGAACAAUAUGAUACAGAGAACAAACGCGGUUCAUUCCGCUUGGAUUACGAUUCCCAAACUAUCUGAGAUCUGCUGGCAGGCAUUGAAUUAUUAUUAUCCAACGUUGAGAGAUUGUUCGCCGAACAAAUUGCUUCACAUUGGCAUACCAUUGAAAUUCGUGCAAAGACUCGAAUAUUAUGAUUAUACUAUUAAUUGGUGAACACUAUUAAUUACUUUUUAACGCUUUCGAAUCUUUGGAUCAUUUUUCUCAAAGUUCUCUCUGCGCACUUUACAGCGGUAAUUACGCUUCGACCAUUUUUAUUUUAUAUUUAUUGACACGUAAUUUUCUGGUAUUUUUUUUUGGUGACUUUAUCAUAGUAGUAGCACGAAGAUACGAAAUAAUUUCAAUCAUUCUGUUUAUUACAUUUGUGAUAUAAUAAUGCUCUAAUCGAAAAAAUAGAUUUUUUUCUCUUAAAAAAUCUAUAAAUUCUAUAUACAGGAUAUCCUACAAAGAUUGUGCCAACGCUCGUGAGCGAGUGAAGCACAGUAAACUGAACAGAAAAGUCUUUUAUCCAUUUUGUCCAAUAGCGUAUAAUAAAGAAGUUAUUAUUGAGUAAAGGGUUGUAACAGCUGAGCAUUCACGCACAUUUCCAGGUGCGCGGCUCACUGAUGUGUGCCUGGCUAAAGAUCGGCGAUGAUUGAGCAGACUUUAUUCAAUAAUAACUCUUUUAUUAAUCGUUAUAGGACAAAAUGAUAAAGAGCUUUUCUGUUCAGUUUACUGUGUUCUACCCGCGAGCGUUAACACAAUCUUUGCAGAGCACCUUGUAUAUCCGACAUGCAAUGUUAAAUUAUCGGAUACGCUAUUUCCGUGAUAUUAACAGAUACAACGGUAUUAUCUUUGUCUAAAAUGUACAAAUAAUUAAAAAUUACAAUAAUAUAUAUUAUAUAAAGAGUUAUACAGUCAAAAGAAGGGAUAGUUUAUCAUUAGCGUAUUUAAUAUAUUAAAUUAAUAUAUUAAAUUAUACAGUAUAUUUAUUCUGCCUUUGCUAAAGUAUAAGUACAUCGAUGUAUCAUAUAUUUACCUAUUUUUAUUCAUUAAGAAUCUUAAUAUCAUCACACUCGUGGGCUUGGCGACGAAAUACUUCUCGAUAUCCAAAUAUAAUAAACGGGAAUAAUACCAAAAAAUAUUAACUGCGCAUUAUUAUCUUACGCACUUAUCUGGGAAAAGCGUUGUCGAAUUCAUAUUUUAUAUUUGUCUCCGCAGUGCCUAUUAAUAAAGGGCGAUGCUCGCUAAAUUGUUCGUUGAACGAAUCAAAAACUUCUUUAGAAAUCUUAAAUAUGAUAAUAAUAUAGUCAAUUGUUAUUAUUUCAUGUUAUUCUUUCUCAUGCACAUAUUUUACAUCACAAUUUACGCUUCAUGAUACACUGCUUGAAAGAAUUAGGAAAUUAUUUUUUUAAAUGUUUGUAUAUUUUAGCAUAAGUACAUAAUAUUUUGACAGUUUCUUGCUCACAUGAACAACAUUUUGUUUUUAAUUAGCAUACAUUAACAUAUAUAAAAUACAUAUAUAAAAAUGUAUAUAUUUUAAUGUUCUAUCAUUGACACAUCUAAUUUGAAAUGUCUUCAAAAGAAUCUUUUCAUUCUUUUAUGGAUAUUUUUAAGGCGCUUUCGAGUCGAAAAUCUUUAUUUAAAUGGAUUAUCCACUCUAGUCUUUUUUUGUUGUUCCCUUUUUUCCCUCUAAAUACUGUUCUGAUUGUUGUCUCUCUUGAAAUAUUGUUUGGCAUGUGAAUUUAAAUUUUUUUUGGUUUAUUGCUCGAAGAAUUGACAUGAUUAUAUAUGGAUUGAAGUCCCUAAUUACUUUGAGCAGUGUAACAUGCAUUGCAAUAAAUUCUCGGUGCUGUUUACUUAAGACUUAUUAACAUUAGCUGUAUAUUAUUAAUACAUUAUUAAUAAUAGAGAAAUUGUAAAUAUAAAAAUAUAUAUAAGAGUAAUGUAUAGAAAAAUCGAAUCUUCCAAUUUUAUUUCACGAAUCCGCAUCAAAAAAAGAUUUUCUCAACAUCUUAAUUAAAAAAUCAUCAUGAGAUAUAAGAAAACGCAUAAAUAACAAUAAGCAAACUAAUUAUGGAAAAAAAAGAAAAUAAACAAUUUACUUGUUCAUGGUUUUUAAACGAUUGAUGUUUCUGUUUAGUUAAAGUCUUUCUUUCUUUAAAAAUAAAUCCAGUAGAUUAGUAUCCUUUCUCGAUUUUUAUCAAGAGCAUCGAUCAUGAGACUGUACAUCCGGCAAAAUUACAAAAAGAAUAAGAUAAUGAGAUUACGAUAAAGAAUUCGAAAUGUACUCUUUUCUCGAGUUUUCUAAUUAACAGUAAUUCUUGAAUGUCAAUAAAAAAGAAAUGUCGAAAAAA